CUCCGCACUGACACCACGCUCGCAUUUAAUCCCCCCAGCCUCCAGUCGGAGUAAACCCUAAGCUCGUCGCCGCUGCGGAGCUUCUAAGGAGCCAUGGGGGCGUACAAGUACGUGUCGGAGCUAUGGAGGAAGAAACAGUCGGACGUGAUGCGGUUCCUGCAGCGGGUAAGGUGUUGGGAGUACCGCCAGCUCCCAUCGAUCGUACGCGUCACGAGGCCGACGCGGCCUGACAAGGCUCGUCGCCUUGGCUACAAGGCGAAGCAGGGUUAUGUGAUUUAUCGUGUCCGUGUUAGACGUGGUGGCAGGAAGAGGCCAGUUCCUAAGGGUAUUGUGUAUGGGAAGCCCAAGCAUCAGGGUAUCACCCAGCUGAAGUUCCAAAGGAACAAACGGUCAGUUGCAGAGGAAAGGGCUGGCCGUAAGUUGGGAGGCCUCAGGGUGCUGAACUCUUACUGGGUUAAUGAGGAUUCAACCUACAAAUAUUACGAGGUUAUCCUCAUUGAUCCGGCUCACAAUGCGAUUCGCAAUGACCCUAGGAUAAACUGGAUCUGCAAGGGUGUUCACAAGCACCGUGAGCUUCGAGGACUCACCUCAGCUGGUAAGAAGUACCGAGGUCUUCGUGGCAAAGGUCACCUUCAUCAUAAGGCCAGGCCAUCUCGUAGGGCAACCUGGAAGAGGAACCAGACAUUGUCCCUCCGCAGAUACCGUUAAGCUUCCUUGACUGGGUGAUUUUGUUUGGAAUCUGAUUCGGCUUAAACUCAUACUCUAAUCACAACUUCUCUCUUGUUAAUCUUAUUUUUUACCAUGGAAGUUUGCUGAGAUGUUGUAGGUCUAUAAUUACGUGCGUACAUAAUACUUUGCCAUAUCGUCACAUGCCCUUGAUUGUUGAGUUAGCAUAAUUUUGCUCUGAUUUGAAAUUAUGAUUGGGCAUUCGAGUGUAUAA